AAUUAUUUUUUCUACACUUAGAACUUAUUAAUAAUUUUAAAGAAAUAGUUUUUGUACUACGAAAAAAUCAAUUAAUACUUACGACAAAAUGAGUGAUUCUUCUAACAGCUCAGAAACCAGGACGAGGAAAAGAAUUCAGGAAGCCAAAAAUAAAGCACGACCAGAAUUAAGUGAUAAAUAUGCAUGGUAUGCUCAUAGUUAUGCAGACAAUUUUAAGCCAUUUACAAAAGUUCAAGAUAAUGUAGAACGUAUAAAUGUAGAAAUUGUGAGUCCAAAUGUAUUUGUAGAAAAGUAUGAACGACCAUACAAACCAGUUGUGAUAGAAGGAAUACAAAGAAAUUGGAGAGCAUCAUAUAAAUGGACAUUAGAAAGAAUAGGGAAAAAAUAUCGUAACCAAAGAUUUAAAUGUGGAGAAGACAAUCAAGGAUACAGUGUUAAAAUGAAAAUGAAAUAUUUUGUUCAUUACAUGAAUAAUAAUAAAGAUGAUAGUCCUUUAUACAUAUUUGACAGUAGUUUUGGUGAUCAUCAUCGUAGAAAAAAGUUAUUGGAUGAUUAUGAUAUACCCAUAUAUUUUCAAGAUGAUUUAUUUAAAUAUGCAGGAGAAAAAAAAAGACCUCCCUAUAGAUGGUUUGUGAUGGGUCCUUCUAGAUCAGGAACAGGAAUCCACAUAGAUCCAUUAGGUACCAGUGCUUGGAAUUCAUUAAUUAUUGGACACAAAAGAUGGUGCUUAUUUCCUACUCAUACACCUAAAGAGCUUAUUAAAGUUACCUCAGCUGAGGGUGGAAAACAACGCGAUGAAGCAAUCACUUGGUUUAAAGUCAUCUAUCCUCGUACCCAGUUGCCAACGUGGCCUAAGGAUUGUGCACCAAUUGAGAUACUUCAAAAACCUGGUGAAACUGUGUAUGUACCUGGCGGAUGGUGGCAUGUAGUUCUUAAUUUAGAUACUACCAUUGCAGUUACCCAAAAUUUUUGUAGUCGUACCAAUUUUCCUGUGGUAUGGCAUAAAACAGUCAGAGGACGACCAAAACUGUCACGAAAGUGGUAUAAAGUGUUGAAAAAUAAAGAGCCUGAGUUAGCUGCCAUCGCUGAUUCUGUAGACUUGAAAAAUCAUACUGGUCUUGCAUCAGAUAGUUCUAGUUGUUCAAGUAGUUCUAGUAGUUCAAGCAGUUCUAGUGAUGGAAAUUCAAGUGAAGAAGAUAGUGGACAAGAAUCCUUACAUGCACAUAAAAAGAGGUGUAAAUUAUCUUCACCGAAUUAAGCUUCCAGGGAUAUUUGAAACUUUCAAGUUUAAGAAACUGUAUUGCAAGAAUUUAUAUUCCAUAUAGGGUUGUUGAUUGUGAACCAAGUAUUUUAUUCCUCACUUAUAUUUUUAAUGUAAUUUUAUAUCUACUAUUUUUAUGUGCUGAUUAUUCCUGUUAUGGAAAGACAGAAAUGACUAAAUGGUAAAUUAAUAAUGAUAAAUUCUCAUAACAAUGUUAUUCAUAAAUUAAAAAAAACUGUAUUUUAAAUAAA